CCGUCUCGGGACUUCGUCUUUUUCCGGUCUUUUCCGGUUUCUGCAAUGUCACGUGGGACGCUGCCAUUUCGUGUAGUCUUCAGUGUUUGUUGUCUCUCCUAGGAGUUCGACAGUCCUCCAAACACUCGGUUAAGGGUAACUGCCUUCAAGAUGAGUGGAGCUCGUAUAUUCAUCGGCCGACUAAACCCUUCGGCCAGGGAGAAGGAUGUGGAGAGAUUUUUCAAAGGAUACGGACGUAUCCGGGACAUCGACCUGAAGAGAGGCUUUGGCUUUGUGGAGUUUGAGGAUGCCAGAGAUGCUGAAGAUGCUGUGUAUGAACUCGAUGGCAAAGAACUUUGUAAUGAAAGGGUGACCAUCGAGCAUGCUCGUGGACGUCUGCGUGCUGGCAGAGGAGGAGGAGGAGGAGGAAGAGGAGGAGGUGGUGGUGGCGCCGGUGGAGGAGGAGGCGGCCACUUCCCUGAUCGUUAUGGUCGAGGCGCUCAGAACAAUCGGAGUCGAAACCCACCUCCGAUGCGCACCGAGAACCGCCUGAUUGUGGAGAACUUGUCCUCCCGUGUCAGCUGGCAGGACCUGAAAGAUUUCAUGAGGCAAGCUGGAGAGGUGACAUUUGCAGAUGCACAUCGACCUAAACUCAAUGAAGGGGUGGUUGAGUUUGCUUCUUACAGCGACCUGAAAAAUGCCCUUGAGAAACUGUCUGGAAAGGAGAUCAAUGGCAGGAAAAUCAAGCUCAUUGAGGCGUCCAAGAGGUCGCGAAGUCGUUCCCGCUCCAGGAGUUCAUCUCGCUCCCACUCUGGCUCACGCUCCCGGUCCCGUGAUCGCUCUUCAUCCGGCAGUCCCCGGCGCUCGGGCAGUCCCCGACGCUCAGGCAGUCCACAGCGCUCGGGCAGUCCACGGCGCUCGGGCAGUCCACGGCGCUCGGGCAGUCCCCGGCGUUCGGGCAGUCCCCGGCGUUCUGGCAGUCCCCGGCGUUCUGGCAGUCCCCGGCGUUCUGGCAGUCCCCGGCGUUCUGGCAGUCCCCGGCGUUCUGGCAGUCCCCGGCGUUCUGGCAGUCCCCGGCGUUCGGGCUCCAGAAGCCCAGCCAAAACCCGCAGUCGCUCCCGCACUAGAUCCCCCUCUGGCAAUGCAUCCUCCCCUAACACCAAAUCACUGGAUCCAAACAAAUCCUCCGUGUCUCCUACAGCUCCUGCUUUGUCUUCUCAUGAUAAAGAGCCUGUCUCUCGUUCCCGUUCUUGUUCUCGCUCUCGCUCCCGCUCCAGGUCUCCUUCCGCUGAAAGCCAGCAUUAAGUCACCUACUUGUGUUAGGAAAAUUCUUUUGUCAAAGCUCAGUUGUGUUUCUUGGGAAAAUAUCUAACUUGGAUGCCAAGGUCUGUUUUGUUUCCCCUCUUCCACCCCCCAGUGAUGAUUCAAUGUAUUUGGUACGCAAGCAAGGCCUCCGAAUUGUUGCUCGAGUCACUUCACAAUGUCUUCAUCAUUGCCAUCUUUUCGUUUCCUGUGCUUUUGGGGAUGCUUGAGUUUAUUUUUCCCAACCUUUGAAAUCCAUGUUAACCCGAGAGAACCCAGAGGGUCACAUAUGACCCAGUGUAAUGAAGGGCCCACUGCCUAAACACAACGCACCACAGUUACUCUUUUUACCCUUAAAGCCCAACGUCUCACUUGUGUCUGCAUUAAAUUCUUCGGUUUUUUGGUAGUUUACGGCCUACUGGGUCACAUGUGACCCAAUAUCUAAACUGGAAGUAAAUGAGUACGUUUUUCCAAAUGUAAUGCUUUUGUGUUCCUUUAAUUUUUAUUGAUUUAUUUAGUUAGUACAUAACAUUUUAAAAGAGGAUUUGGAUGUCUUGGGUUCUCUAGGGGUAAGUUCCAACGUCAUAAUUUCUCAUUGUGACAAGAAUGAAUCAAUGUUCAAAACAUUUUGUGAUGACGUGGACACAAAAUUUGCUAAAUACUGUUCACGUUGGGCUUUGUUCCUUAGACUCCCAAAAAUUAUAGUGUCGUGAAAAGUAUUUCUCUCUCUCUCUCUCUCUCUCUCUCUCUCCCUUCACCCCCCCCCCAAAAAAAAAAAAACUUUAUUUCUGAGGGUUUGAAAGGUUGUUGUUUUUUUUGGGUGCCUUAGUGAAUUGUCAUUGGAAAACUGGGUUGUCUAAUAUUAAAAUUGGUUUGAUGAUUUGAAACCUGUGAGGUAGAUAUGAAAAAAAUCUACAGCGCAGUAGGUCGCUUAGAUUGUCAUUUCUUAAUGCAAUUUUUUUCUUUAAUUAUGUAGGUGAUUUUUUUUUUGUUUGCGUGUGUAUGUAGUAUCUAAUUUGACACUGUGAGUGAUGUUAAUGUGGUUUGGAACAAUACAGGCUUUUGUACAUAGAGGUUUUUGUUGGUCAGAUGUAUUUGGGGCAUUCCUAUUAAAGUGGUUUUAAGAAUGUUA